CGCACGGUCAGGGGGAAAGAAAAGGGAAGGGGAUAAGGAGAGCCUUAAUCGGCCCCUAUAAUAUAAUUCUACACCGGCGCGGCGCUGCUGGAUACUUCUGAUCAAUAGAACUGGGUGAGGAGUCAGCCAAAAAGGUUUUUGAAUCAGAGACAUGGAUGGAGGAGGAGAAAUAGAGAAUAUAAAGAGGUGGAUAGUGUUCUACCCAAUUUACAUAAACUCGAAGAAAACGGUGGCGGAAGGGAGGCGGAUAAGCCUCGCCAACGCAUGCGAAAAUCCCACUUUCACCGAGAUCGCCGACUGCUGCGCUCAUCUCAAGCUCCCUAAUGCUAUUGAGCUAGAUAAGGCUUAUCCGCGCGACUUCAUGCAAAGAGGGAGAGUGAGGGUAUUGCUGAAAAGGGAGGAUGGGACUCUCUGCAAUCCAGCCAUUUCUUCCAGGUGCUGGCCGAGCAUUUCUGCUGGUGGGGAUUUGAAAAUGUUCUAUGAUGGAAGAAAUACGAAGGACUCUUGCCUUGAAGUGGUCUAUAGAAUGUAUUGGCUCUGUUAUCACAUUCAUACCUAUAAGAAAACUCAGUUGCGAUGUAUGUAGAGCUGUUGUUCUGCUGAGGACAGCUACAUGUAACUCAAUUAUAGGACAAGUCAUCUUCUUAACUGUACAGAUCUCCAGGUGUCUUUUUUUGAUUGCUU